UUUUGAAAAUGGCCUUUCGAAAAAAUACUAAGAUUAAAAGUGAUAGUUGCAAAGAUUUAAUAUUUGACGGCGGAAUUCAGUCGCACACUAGAUGUAUAUUAGUCAAAGAAUACUUGAAAUAUAUUUUAUACGAACGACAACAAAUCCCUGUUCCAUACGAGCAAGUUAAACAAGGGUUGAAAAUAAUGGAAGACCAAUUACACAAUGUAAAUGAUGUUAAAACUGGACCGGAGCAUAAACAACAGAAACCACCUGUGAGAAGGUCAUUUGUGUCCAAAAUGGAAUUAAGGAAGAUUACAAAGCUGGUCAAAGGUUUAGAUGAACUAUUUGAGAAACUUGUUGAAAAUUUUGAGAUUUGUCCAGAAGUACGCCAAGUGCUUUUCCUCCUAGGUGGUACUACAGUAAGUCCGAAGGAGUGUUACCUGAUUACCUUACCACCGUAUCACCCAGAAUCAAACAACUUAUCAUCCAAAUUCUGUAUUAGAUACUUAAUGAAGGAAUUAAUUAUGCAGGAUUUUGUAGGAAAGUUGAAAGAUGUACGUACAACUAAUGCUAUAGUUAUGUUAAAUGCACCUGCAGACAGUGGAAUAAAAUGGUUUUUACCAAAACCUAAUUUUACUCUGCCAUCCAGGGGAACAAAAUUUUCCUUGAAUCUAAUUUCCAAUCCAAACAGUGAUGUGUUUAAUCACGAUUUAACUCAUGAAGAAAAUGAAAUAGAAAUUUCUGGAAUUGAACCAUUUGAUGUCUCAGGAUUAGAUGCUUCUUUAGAGGAGGAAAUGAUGAAAUUAUUUAUUUCGAGUGAUCACACAGAAAAACAUGGACAUAUACACAUAGAAAAACAUGGACAUGUUUUAGCCAGUGUAGACAAGGCUAAGAGAUUAUCAAGGAAAAGUUUCUGUUUGAACAAUGAUGACGAUACUAUUGAAGAAAAGAACAAAUCUUCUGCCAAUUUAGAAGACAAGCUUAGAAAUUUAUCUUCAGAAAAUAAUAAUGAUAUAAGUUUAUAUUCUCAGGAAGACACGAUUCUUCAGAAAACAAUUGAUGAUAGUAAAAUAUUGACUGAUCCUGGUGCCCCCUGUAUUUGGUUUCAGGCUCCAUGCAUGUUCAAAGGCUAUAAAGACAAAACUUCAAGACAAUCAAAUGGUUUAAUGUAAAUAUAUACUCCUUUGUUCUAUCAUGUUUAUAAUCAUCAUGUUUUAUGUGAUAAGUUUUGUAUAAUAAGUAAAACUUCAUUUUAUUUAUAGUCAGUUAAUGAAAACCCUCAGAAUAUGAGAUGUAAAAGUACUAUCGCCUAUUAAUUUCUUUUUAUCAUGAUUAUUAUAAAAAGAAGAUGUGGUAUUUUUGCCAAUGAGACAACUCUCCACAAGAGACCAAAUGACACAGAAAUUAACAGUUAUUAGUAUUUAUUCCAAAAAUGAGAAUUGUAUGUAUAAUGGAAAAGAAGGAACAUUUUGUAUUACUUUGACUUGACUAAGUGUUGCUCUCCGACUAUUGCAGUUCAUUCGAAAUUCUGACCCAAUCACAAUUUGCUUUAUUAAAUCAAACUGUUCAACAGAAAUUUUAACCAACUGCUUUAGAAAACCCCAGUCAAGUCAUCAAAGUGAAAGAUGAUAAAAUAAAGCAUACUUACAAUCCUAUAAGACUUUAAUUCUACUUCAUUGCAUCCUAUAAGACUUUAAUUCCACUUCAUUGCUGUUAUGAAAAUGUUGCAAGAAAUGUCUACACAUAUUUUUAUUGUAAAGAGUCAUUGGAAAGAUGGGAGGUAGUAAUUUUUGAAAUGCUAAAAUAAAAUGUCCAAAUUUAAGUUUUUGAAUUAUUUCUUCUAAAAUGGUGUUUUCUAUGCAUGCUACAAAGCUUUCUUUAAAUGAAUAUCUAAAAUACUUUGAAAAAUAUACUUUACACUUAAGGUACAUGUAGAUCAGACGGGUGUCUUUUUCUGAUCAUCCAUUCUAGGCAUGUUGCAAAAAUACUUUUUUGGUUUAAUUUUUUUUUAACAAGUAUCAUUCAAUAUACAACACAAACAUCCAAAACUUGAUAUUUUAAGAUUAAACUAUAAAAAAAUUAAUUGUUAAGUGUAUUUAAAAAAAUAUGUUUAAAAUCAAGGGCAGAUAAUUAUUAUGAAUUUGAUAGGACAAUUUAUUUUGGAUUUUUCAAGAAAAGAAGGCCCAUGACCCCCUAUUUAUAUUUGAUAUUUUGGAAGCAUUUAUGAAAAGUUAUUCUCUCAUUGAAUUUUCACUAAUUCUGUCGUUAGUGAUAGUCAAUAAGGUAAAAAUUAAGUUUCCCCCAUAUAAAAUAACUGACUUUGUUAAUUUCAAUGCAUUUUAACGAGAAAAAAACAAGGUCUGUGACCCCCAGUUUUUAUAUUAAAAUUUUUAGAGUUCAUUGACCCAGAAGUCUUUUACAGAAGUUUAGGAAAAAUCUAUCGUCGAACAUUUACACACUCCAGCUACCUUAAUAUGUUCUCUUGAAGUUUUAAAGGGAGAUAAGAUCAAUGAUUUUUAGAUUAUCUCCCAUGGAAACUUAUCAACAACAUAUUGUAAUUUCACAGAACAUAGAACAUUUUUAUAGUAAUUUUUGAUUAUAGUAAUUCAAAAAUUAUUAUUUCUCACCUUUCAAAUGACUCUUUUGUGUAGUAGUCCAUGAGUGCACAGACUACCAAAGAAAUUAAUAAACAUGUAGCCUUGAAGUUGUAAUUGCGGAUGAAUCUAGGAGAGACUGACAAAAAGGUAUAAGACGUAGGUAAUACAAUCCCUAUUUCACAAUAAAGGGGCAUUUCUAACAUUUUUAAACCUCAUUAAUUAAACUAAGUUUAAGGUUCAAGUUCACUUCUUGUACAAUAAGAUGUUAAGUAAAAUGUCCAUAAAAAAAGAGGUCACUUAUAAUUUGAUGUGUCUUGCAUUUUACAUUUCUUAUAUUAAGGAUAAUAAAUUGAAAUUAUUUUUCAAGAUGGGGGCGAACUACAAUCAUACAUGUAUAUACCUGGUACAAUGUUACUUGGUGUAAGGAUGCAACAGUAUAACAACCUCCCAUUAAAAGUACACAUGUAGGUCACUUCUGUACAUAUUUUGCUAUAGUUUUUCAUAUUACUAGUAAGUUUGGCAUCCAAGUUCUUUUUUCAAAUACUUGGUGACCUAAAUUUCCAUCUUUACACCUUGAAGUUGACCAUCUCUGAGUUCCAUAAGAUAUUUAUAUAUAUAUAUAAAAUGAAAUAUUUGAUGAGCUUUAUCAUUCCAAUUCUGGGAUAAGGCAACAUUUAUAUCUUAGAUUGUCUAUGAAUUACAAAAAUAAUUAUAUUAUUUUCAUGAUAUUUCUUUUAUUAAAUGUAUUAAAUGUAUUAUAUGCAGGAACUUUCCAUUUGUAUUUAUUGUUGAUUUGUCACAUGUAUAUUUUACUGGGUUUGGAGACAGGAUUUGAUGUUAGGGAGGGGGUGGCUCCUUAGAAUUAGAGAUUUUUUGACAAAAAAUUGGCUGUAAUUUUACCUAAUUACCUUUUUGUUUUAAUUUUAGGGGUGUCCCUCGCCUUGUGCACCCCCGUCUGAUUCCAUGCUUGUUUAUUUCAUUUGUUUUAGUGGUGAAAUGAUUUUAAUCACUUUAAAUGUGUGUACUCCUUGAUGGUAGAUAUAGAGGACUUUUUAACCUGUUACCAUCCUGAAUUGUAGAAGCUCACCUGAAAAGGUGUAAUAAAUCAGGUAAUAAGGGAGUAUUGAAGAUAAAAAUGGGAAUAUACAUGUAGACACAUAUACAUGUAUGCAUAAAAAAAAAGGAUUUUAUAGUAUAGUUAAACAACAAUGAGAUUGCAACACUAAUACCACAAAAAUGAGAAAAGAAGUCUAGAGGUCAACAGAAUAUAUAUAAACAAGUGGCUAUACCUUCUGCCAAAUUCUUAAUCCACCCCAGUUAUUAUAAAAUAAAUUGAAGAGAUUAUUAAAAAUAUGCCAUCAACACCAAAUUUUUUAUAAAAUAUAUGAAGGUAAAAACAAAGAUCUUUUGAUUUGGAACAGAUACAUUAACCUGGUGCUGAUGAUGACCGAUAAAUAAACAUAGUCCUGACGAUGACUGAUACAUAAACAUGGUCCUGACAAUGACAGAUAAAUUAAUCUGGUGCUGACGAUGACCGGUACAUAAACAUAGUCCUGACUUGGAAGAGGUACAUAAACAUGGUCCUGAUGAUGACAGGUACAUAAACAUGGUCCUGACUUGGGAUAGGUUCAUCAACAUGGUCCUGACUUGGGAUAGGUUCAUCAACAUGGUCCUGACUUGGGAUACAUGUAGGUACAUUAACAUGGUCCCAACGAGGACAGGUAUAUUAACAUUGUUCUGACUUGGGACAGGUACAUUAACAUGGUCCUGACUUGGGAUAGGUACAUUAACAUGGUCCUGACGAUGACAGGUACAUUAACAUGGUCCUGACUUGGGAUAGGUACAUUAACAUGGUCCUGACUUGGGAUAGGUACAUUAACAUGGUCCUGACUUGGGAUAGGUACAUUAACAUGGUCCUGAUGAUGACAGGUACAUUAACAUGGUCCUGACUUGGGAUAGGUACAUUAACAUGGUCCUGAUGAUGACAAGUACAUUAACAUGGUCCUGACUUGGGAUAGGUACAUUAACAUGGUCCUGACUUGGGAUAGGUACAUUAACAUGGUCCUGAUGAUGACAGGUACAUUAACAUGGUCCUGACUUGGGAUAGGUACAUUAACAUGGUUCGAACAAGGACAGGUACAUUAUCAUGGACAUUUUUAGUAAUCAGCCGUUCCCCUUUUAUCUCAAUCAUUGGGCUUAAAAAAGUUCUUUAUACAAUAUAUGUACAUUGUCAAAAUAGAAACUCUCUAAGCUUUUUCUUUAGGGUUUAAAUUUUUUUUUAUAUUUUCCCACAAUGUAUAUAUAUAUAUUGUUUUUUCAUGCAAUUUAACAUUGAUGCUUGUUAAUUUUGAGUGUUUUAACUCCCACUUGUUGUCUUUGGAUCUUUAAUGCAAUCGUCACUGCUACUUAGACACAGACUGGGAAAAGGACUUUAAAAUAAACUGACAUGAACAGAAAUUUUAAUGUUUGUUAAUAUAAGUAGCAUGAGAUUAUAAUUGUAUUGUAAACAAAUUUCUUUUUAAAUUUAUUCGCACAUCUGUAUUUAUGUAGUGAAUGACUAGUUGCAGAAUAAUUAAAAGAGAGUACAAUAAAAAGUCAAACCUUGACUGGAGAUAGACCUUCUUCAAAGCACUUGGAUAUAGGAAUUUGAUGAUACAUGUAUUUUGUUACUAUGUACAUUACAAUUUGAUGUCUUUAAAUACAUAAUGACCCCCUUCCUCCCCAUGUGAUGUAAACUAUAUGUCCUUAUAAUUUCUAUCCCUUGUACAUAUGUGUACUGUUACAAAUUGGAAAAUAAAAAUAUAUUUUUAAUCUAUAUGGACAUAAUAAAUUGCUGGAAUCU